GCGGGCGGAACUUACGCCUGUAAAAUAAGUUUUGUAAAUUUUAUAGACAAAAUCUUCCGAAAAUCCUGUUACAAGGUUGCAAAAACUGUACCCAAGGAUUUAAACUAUCGAAUGGUGUAAAAAUCAGCGUUGUUCCGUUGCUUUUUUGCUGUGAAAACCCGAUUUUGACUGGCUCGGUACUGCCCGAAGCACGUGUUUACGUUUUCGUGUGAGUGACUGAACGGGGAAAAUGGGCAAAAAGAAAGCCAAUCAGUUGGGUCGUUCCCUGAUCAAGGACCGCUUUGGCCAGGGCAAUCGGAAGACUGUCGAUAAUAAUAGCAUGCUGCAUACAACAGAAGUUCAGGAUGGGUAUGACUGGGGUCGUUUGAAUCUGCAAUCCGUCACGGAGGAAUCCUCCUUCCAGGAUUUUCUCCGAACUGCAGAACUGGCUGGAACGGAAUUCCAAGCGGAAAAGCUCAACAUUACCUACGUUAAUCCGAAGUCGAAAGUCGGUUUGUUGACAACGAACGAAAGGGUGGCCAUCGAGCGGAAACAGGUGGACAAGAAGAGCCUGCUGAAGAUUCCGAGGAGGCCCAAGUGGACCAAAGAUACAACAGCGGAGGAACUGCAAACGAUGGAGAAUGAAAACUUUCUGGAAUGGAGACGCGGGUUGGCCGCGCUUCAGGAGGAGGAUGGAAUGCUGAUGACCCCUUAUGAGAGGAAUUUGGAUUUCUGGCGGCAACUGUGGCGUGUGGUGGAGCGUUCGGAUAUUGUGGUUCAGAUUGUUGACGGGCGGCAUCCGCUGCUGUUCCGGAGCGAAGACUUGGAACGGUACGUGAAGGAGGUGGACGAGAAGAAGCAGAAUUUGAUUUUGAUCAACAAGUCGGAUUUUCUGAAUGAGGAACAGCGCACGGCCUGGGCCAAGUAUUUUGAUGAGCAGAAUAUGCGGGUUGCUUUUUUCUCGGCGGCAGAGUCGGUGGAGGAGGCAAAGCGGGAGCAAGAGGAACGGGAAACCGAAGGGGAUGAGGAUGAGGAAGAAGAUGAGGAGCUGGCUGGGAAGUUGAAGGAUUUGGAGGUGAAAGUUGAUAAGGCGGAGGAGGUUCUGGAAAAACUGGAGGAGAAGAUUGAGGAAUUGAUGGAUGAAGGCAGCGCGAGUUCAGCAUCCGGUACGAAGAUACGAAACAAUCCUAACAUCCUCACAAAUACGGAGCUGAUUGCCCUUUUCAAAAGUCUUCACACAGAGGAACGUGUCACCGAAGGGUUAGUGACGGUUGGCUUGGUAGGAUAUCCAAACGUGGGUAAAAGUAGUACCAUCAACGCGGUUUUUCUCGAGAAGAAAGUAUCCGUUUCGGCCACCCCCGGCAAGACCAAGCAUUUCCAAACACUUUACGUCGACAGCGAGCUGAUGUUCUGCGAUUGCCCGGGUUUGGUGAUGCCCAGCUUCUGCACCACUAAAGCGGACAUGAUUCUGAAUGGCAUCCUCCCGAUCGACCAGAUGCGAGACCACGUUCCACCGGUAAAUCGACUGUGCACCCUAAUCCCGCGACACGUUCUGGAAGAUACCUACGGAAUCAUGAUCACCAAGCCGCUGGAGGCAGAAGAUCCAAAUCGGCCUCCGUACGCCGAAGAAUUAUUGCUUGCAUUUGCCUACAAUCGGGGCUACAUGACGGCCAACGGACAACCGGAUCAGUCACGAGGUUCCCGAUACGUCCUUAAGGACUUUGUCAAUGGUAAACUGCUAUACUGUCACGCUCCACCAAGCGAGGAACAGAGCGAAUUCCACAAAUUCCAAGCACGGCAAAAGGAGGAAGUCGACGUCAAGCUGCUUCCGCCGAGACAGCAGAGGGCUAUGAAGAUGGGAACCACCACCGGCAAGGACGUCGAUGCGCAGUUCUUCGAAGUUCGUUCGGCCACGGGAUUCGUCAAGGGGCGUAGCGAUUUUCCGAAUGUCCGGCUACCCAUGGGUGCUCCGGGGGCGGCGAAUCCGCAGGAAGCCGGUGUCACCAUUGCCGGCAAACCGUGGAAGCAUCAGAAGCGGGAGAAGAAGGAGAAACUUCGACGAAAGUAUGUCCAUCUGGAUCAACACUAAACAAUUAAAGGUUUACGAGGUAAGAGGGGGAAUCAUACGCCGCUAACUGUUCUGUAACUUUAUUGUUGUACAAAAGAGGAAAUUACACGUCUUUUUUUUUAUUCAAUAUAAAUAUGCAUCGUAAUAUAGCUUCUUACAGAGUAAA